AUGGGUCGGUUCGACAAUCGUGCGGUCAUCGUCACUGGAUCGUCCAAUGGGAUCGGUCGUAGUGCCGCCGUUAUGUUCGCCAAAGAAGGCGCGAUGGUGACAAUUUGCGGACGAGAUGAAAACACAAUAAACGAAACAAAAUCGAUGUUACUGGCUGUAAAUGGUGGCGACGAGAAAAAGGUUCACAUCGAACGUGGUGACAUUUGCGACGAAGAAGUAAUGAAAAAGAUCGUCGAUGGAACCGUCAACGCAUUUGGUAGACUGGACGUCUUAGUGAACAACGCCGGUGGGACCAACACCGACUUCGUCAAACCAGAACUUGAAGGCAUGGAAAAUUUCGAUUAUACCCUCAAUGUUAACUUCAAAAGCGUCCUACGGCUUUGCCAGCUGGCUUUCCCACAUUUGGUAGAAAGUAAGGGCGAAAUUGUGAACGUGAGCAGUAUCGUGGGCCAGCCAAACGGUUCAUCAGUGCCAUCUCCAUACUACAGUAUGGCUAAAGCAGCACAGGACCAACUAACUCGGAAUCUCGCCAUUUGCUAUAUUCAGAAAGGUGUUCGAGUGAACAGUGUC